AUGCUGUGUAUUCGCCUGUCCCCUGCAGCGGUGCCAGAGGAUAUUGCUUUUCCAGUUGGAUUUGCUUGGGGUGCAGCCACAGCAGCAUAUCAAAUUGAAGAAGGCUGGAAUGCAGAUGGAAAGGGCCCUAAUGUCUGGGACACAUUCACCCAUCAGGGAGGAGAUCGAGUUUUCAUGAACCAGACUGGUGAUGUAGCUUGUGGCAGCUACACUCUGUGGGAGGAAGAUUUGAAAUGUAUCAAACAGCUUGGAUUGACUCAUUAUCGCUUUUCUCUUUCCUGGUCACGUCUGUUACCUGAUGGGACGACAGGUUUCAUCAACCAGAAAGGAGUCAGUUAUUACAGCAAAAUCAUAAAUAACUGGGGAAAUGGCAUCCUGCUUCCGUAUCCCUUCGACUUACCUCAGUUCUUAGAAGGUGAAGGAGGCUGGAGAUCUGAAAAGAUUAUUGCAACCUUUGAUAUUCAUGCAGAGUAUUGCUUCAGAACAUUUGAAGGCUGAGUGAUCACUAUUAAUGAGCCUUAUGUUGUUGCUAUAGGUGGUUGCGAAAAAGGUAUAGCCCCAGUUGGUACCAGAGCUUGCAAGGCAGCUUGUAAUAUAAUAAAAGCUCAUGCUAAAGCCUGACACAGUUACAAGAAGAUAUUUGGACAAAAUAACGUGGACUUGAAUGGGUUCAUCAGGACAAUAUUUAUUGAUUAUGAAUAUCUGGCCAUCAUGAAGUCCCCCAUUGCUGCAAUGCAUUCAAAGCAGGGUUACUUAUCAUCAAGACUUCUAGAGUUCACCAAAGAGGAAAAAAUUAUGGUCAUGGGUGCUGCUGACUUCUUUGCUUUGAACUCUAUAAUUUACAUAACUGAGAAUGGGUUUUUCCAAAGUGACCCUGCUCUACUUGAUGACAAUCAAUGAUGGGAGUAUUUCAGGCUGAUUUUACAGGAAAUUUUAAAAGGUACCACUUAA